UGGGAGCUUCGGAAAGCACCUAGAGUCGUAAAGUGCGCAACUGCACUUCAAGACCUCAGGAACAUACUGAAACCCUGCCGGGACACUGGGAGAGGCUACAAGGACCCUGGCCUGGACAACUGGACUAAAGGACGGCUUAAAUCAAUGGUGACAUUCCUCAUGCAUUACACAAACUCCUCCUCUCCUGGAUAUGAGGCUUGGAUGGCAGCAUCAUUACUGACUGCAAACAGAAAGGGAAUGUCGAGUUGGUGGGCCCGUGAUCUUUGUGAGGUGAUGAAAGCCUAUAUUAACAAUUGUGUCAAUGUGCCUAUCAAUCCAUAUGGCAUGUGGACAAUAUCUCGACUUACUGAUGACCUUGCCAAUGAGAUCCACGAACAUUUUCAAUCCAUUGGUGCCUAUGUCCAAGCACAGGAUGUUGUGGAGUAUUGUUAA